UUUUGGCUCAAGCAUUUGGCUUGAGCUGGCCACGGUGGCGUUUGCUCCUGCAUUCGUUAUUAUUGCAUGCGUACUUUCCUUCUUUCCGGCAAUGGCACGGCGUGCCAUCAAGACUCUGUUUAACGAGAUUCAUCUGCUUAAACUCGAGAUCGGACAGCUACAUAAGCAGAAACAGAAACCUCAGCUUUCUCUGGACGUGCUGAUCCCACGGGUAGACAAAUGGCAUGAUGAUAUUCAGCAGCGUAACGAUGAACAACAGCGUGAGGGCCAUCCACUUCACCACCUACAGCGUGAGGAUGAUCAACAGCGUGUGGAAGAUCAACUGCAUCAGGAUGAUCAGCAGCGCAAUGAUAAUCUACAGCGAGAGGACGAUCUACAGCGUGUGGAAGAUCAACCACAUUAGGAUGAUCAGCAGCGUAAGGACGUCCUUCAGCGUGCGGGCGAUCAACAGCGUGAGGAUGAUCUACAUCGUGAGGAUGAUCAACAGAGUGAUGCCAAACGGCAGCCUGAAGACGAUCUACAGCGUGUGGACGAUCAGCAGCGAGAGGACGCUCAACAGCGAGAGUAUGUUCAACAGCGUGUGGGCGAUCUACGGCGUAAGGAUGAUCAACAGCGAGAUGAUCUUCAACAGCGACAGGAUCAUCAACCGCGUGUGGACGAUCAACAGCGUGAAGACGAACAACAGCGUGAGCACGAUCAACUGCGCAAGGACGAUCAACAGGGAGAGGACGAUCAGCAUCGUCCGAGUGACGUACAUCGGCCAGGCGAGCAGCAGCGUGAGGACGAGCAGCAGCGAGGGGAUGUGCAACAACGUGUGGGCGAUCAACAGGGCGAGGGCGAUCAACAGGGUGAGGGCGAUCCACAAGGUGAGGGCGAUCAACAGGAGGAUGUCGAGAGGUAUAAGGAUUUUGUCUACAAGAUGAGUGCGACAGUCUGCUAUGAUGAAUGGUGGUGCGAUAGGUCUUCGAUAUCUGGAACGCUUAGGGAGCUGGGGCUCGUCUUCUCUGAGAUUCGCUUGCAGACCGUCCUGGACAGCUACGAGGCACAGGGGCUGCCUAUGACUGACCUCGCAGAGGUGGCGGCAGCUGCUGGACUCUUCCCGAAAGAACAUGUUGCAUGGAUUCGUCGCGCCGGACAUGAUCUGAGAGCUGCUUGUAGUGAGUGAUCUGGUUGGGCAGGGCUUGCAUGUGUCUGAGUUGGUUUAGUUUCGUGCUGGUCGACCUCGACUCUUACAGCACGCCACCACCACCAC